GGGCCACGUCAGCAGACCACAUUAGCAGACCACGUCAGCAGACCACAUCAGCAGACCACAUCAGCAGGCCACGUCAACUGGGAGUGCCACGUCAGCCACCCGGGCCUGUUUAUGCUGACGCGCUCGCAGACAGCCGUCAUGGACCAGAAACCGGGGGAAAGGGCGGAGGCAUAUCAGGACCGCAUGCUGGCUUUGAUCAUAGAAGCCAAGCAGCGGGCGGAUGCAGUAGCUGCCGCAGAGAAGAAGAAGGCGGAGGAUGCCGAGCAGGCACGACUGCUAGCUCUUGAAAAGCAGCGUCUGCAGGCCGAGGCAGCAGCGAAGGCUGCAGAUGAAGAACGAUUGAAGCGGCGUGAGAAGAUUUUCAGCGGGGAGCAAGCAUUACUCACAUUGGCAGCGGAAUGGCGAACUGAGGCAGAGACAGGGAAGAUGGAGAAGAGCGAGACCAAGAUUGCCCUCCUCCUCUCCCAUCUCACGGACCUCCUGGCGACAUGCAUCGCGCAGCAGCAGGACAUUCACAACCUCGAUGCCGAAGUCAAGAGACAGCGCGAGUCAACUCCCAAGUUCGACGGUCAGGAGAUCUUCAGCGAUUCAACAAAGACGGAUCCAGUUCAGUGGUUCCGCAAGUUUGAACUCACGUUGCAGCUGCACCUCGUCAGCGAAUGCAAGCACCACGCAUACUUAUACUCCCGGUCGGGAGGCGCAUGCCAGGCAUGGUUGGACAAUCUCUUGUCCCAGUACGGGGUGGUCGCUGCCGAGUUACACACGAAGAUCAGCUGGGAAGACCUCAAGGCGGCGUGGCACAAGCGGUUCCAAGUGGAGUCGCCGGAGAUCAAGGCCAUGGACAAGCUCGUGACCUUCGAGCAAGGCUCGCUGCCAAGCGUCGACUGGAUUGCCGAGUACCAACGCUUGACAUCCGUCCCAGGUCUCCCGAUGGGCUUCAAAGCCAUCAAGCACUACUUCAUUUCGAGGUCGUGCCCGGCGUUGAGCAACGCCUUGACGCAUGUCGAGGACACACUGACAACGACGGCGCAACUGUUCAACAAGGCCGCACAGAUUAUCAUCACGAACAAGGAGGCGAAGAACCUCACUCGUGCUGCGGCAGGCCCGAGCAAGGACCAGCAUCGGCCCAAGGUGGCCGUGGUUGCGGCGGCAUCGCCAAGCAGCCAAUCUAGCGAGGCGGAGUCUGCCAAUGAAGGAGACAGACUCGCAGCUGCCCGGGAUGAUACCGGGCUGCCCUACCAAGGGGAAGGGCAAGCAGGGAAACUGAGCGCCGCCGAGAGUGAGUCGACGACACUCUCGGCGCCUUCGGAACCGGUUUCUUCGCGAGUGUCCGACCUUCAUUCCAGGGCGCAUGCGGAAGUCGACAGUCCUCUUCUCUAUUCUUUUGAGGACUAUGCUGCCCGGCCCGUUCCGACGCUGGGAUCUUUUGCUCAAGGACAAGACGUGUGUGCGGCAUCUUCUCCGUCCGACAACGGUUCUUCUUCGUCUUCAAGUGGUUCUUCACAGGAUUCGGCGCGCGGGUUCAACAUAGAGGAAUUGGACCCGCUCAAGUCUGGGGAUUUUGCAUGGCUUCCUCUCCCGACCACGGGCCGCUUACCGGGACCGCAAUGCGCAGCACUCUGUGCCCAUCUUCACAAGUACUUGUCCUUCUAUGCACCACCAACUUCGCCGACAGAUGACGAGGUCGCGGUGGGGGACAUCUUGGCAUAUGUUACCAAGGUGGCCCGCAAGUUUCGCACGCAGCGGUACGACGACAAUAAUGCACCGCUGAUGUAUGUCCGCAUCCAAGUUGGGCAGGCAUCCUGCAGCGCUUUGCUGGAUAGCGGCGCGACUCGCAACUUCAUGAGCCAAACUUUUAUGCAAAGGGCUGGCCUCGGCGCGCAGGUUCGGAGGAAGGCAAACCCGACGGCGAUCAAGUUGGCAGAUGGAAAGACGCAGCAACUUCUCGACCGUUACAUCGAGGCCGUACCGGUGUACUUCGCACCUCAUGCAUGCGAACCGGUCACAUUUGACAUCUUGGAUACGGACUUCGAUAUCAUUCUGGGAAUGCCUUGGCUUGCAAGUGCGGAUCACACGGUCAACUUUCACCAGCGGACUCUCACCGUUCGCGACGCCUUCGGCGCCGAGGUGCCGUGUACUAUUCCUCUUCCGCACCCCUCGAUCCGGUGCCAAGUCAUGACGGCCAAAUCGUUCCGAACUACAUGUGCAUAUGAGCAACCCGAAGAGAUAGGCCUAUGUUUCUUGCGGACUAGCGCGGUAGCCGACUCUUCACCAUCGGACUUGUCUUCGGACCCCCGCGUGGUACGGCUGCUUGAUGAGUUCGCCGACAUCUUCGAGUCACCUACCGGUGUGGUGCCGGAUCGGCCGAUCUCUCACGAGAUCAUUCUUGAGGACGGUGCCGUGCCGCCGAAACGUUGCAUCUAUCGGAUGAGCGAGGAGGAAUUGGAGGUCCUUCGCGCACAACUCGACGACUUGUUGGCCAAGGGCUGGAUCCGCCCUAGCAGCUCCCCAUAUGGAGCACUAGUUCUCUUUGUAAGGAAGAAGAACAAGGAUCUACGUCUGUGCAUCGACUACCGCAAGCUCAACGCGCAAACUGUGAAAAAUGCGGGGCCUCUUCCUCGUAUCGAUGAUCUUCUUGAGCGACUAGGCGGUGCUAAGUUCUUUUCCAAGUUGGACUUGAAGUCGGGGUAUCAUCAGAUUUCGAUACGCCCGAAUGAUUGCUAUAAGACCGCGACGCUCCGCCGUGCCAAGUACCAAGCCAACCGCGACAAGUGCGAGUUUGUCCGGCAAGAGCUUGAGUACUUGGGCCAUUUUGUCACACCAGAGGGCAUCAACCCGCUAUCGGAGAAAAUUCAAGCCAUCCAGGAGUGGCCGGAGCCACGUAACGUCACGGAUGUCCGCUCGUUUCUUGGUCUUGCCAGCUACUAUCAGCGCUUCAUCAAGGUUUAUUCGAAGAUCGCGGCCCACUUGACCAAGCUUCAAUGCGAGGAUCGACCGUUUGACUUCGACGAGGAUGCGCGGGAAUCUUUCUUGGCUCUCAAAGCUGCAGCGGAGGUCUUGCAAAUCUACGACCCACUAUUGCCCACACGCGUCACUACUGAUGCGUCCGACUAUGGUAUUGGCGCUGUCCUCGAGCAACACGAUGGCGUGGACUGGCACCCGGUCGAGUAUUUCAGCAAGAAGGACACCGGGGCACUGCCACGACACAGUGCCAGAAUCGCAGUUCGUGCCCGCCCUGCAGUACCUCCAAGACCGAAGAAACUCAGCAGGCGGACGACUCCAGCAGCAUCAAGUACGGCAUUGACGAUACAAGACACCACCGGAGAUCAUCCCGCAUACCCAGUCCGAGGAGCCAAUGAGCCAGCGGCUGAUUAUCGUGGGCGGCUACUGGCAUUUACGGAAGCCGUAGCUGCCGUCGAGACCCGGAAGGAGACAGCAGAGGCAGAACGUCAGCGGCUAGCCAAUGAAGCGGCAGCCGAAGCUCAGCGAACGACUGAGACUGRCGCAGAGACACGAGACAGACGGAAUGCCAGCAGCACGGAGUCCUUGAUUGCUUGUGAGCAUCAGUGGACGACGAUACUCCAAGACAUGAUCUUUGUGSCUACAGAAGCGCAKGCAGACCCGACACCGGCGGAGGCAGAGAGAAGUAACCUGGCUAACUUGCUGCUGGGCAUGAUGAGAGGUAUUAUGUGGAAUAAUACACUGCUGCAUUCACAUCUGCGCACGGACGCGACGCAACGACAAACAUACAAGAACGAUAUGACUGCGUUAACAACUUCUAUCCGCACAGAGGCAACGCAGCAGCAGCAACUGCAUCAUCUGUUGAAUUCCACUAUCACACGCGUCAACAUCAUAGCGGCUAACGCCUCAGCAGCGCCAGGCUGCACGACAGACGUAACGAAGCAACUCAACGAGCGCAUCGAUCACGUCGUCACCAUCAUCGGCGACAUAAGUACUUUCAACGGACCAGACUCGAUCAGCAGCACGGUGGCCGCCAUCAAGACGGACAUCACCAAGCUACACACGAGACCGGAAGCCGCUACAAAGACGUUCAAGAUGCCGCACUUCGACAUCAGCAAGUUCGACGAYUACAACAAGUCGGACGCCUUGUCAUGGUAUCAACGCUUCCUCACGGAAGCAUCAUGCCGCAUGGACACGGUCACUAGCACGAUCGGUCGAUGGAUGUAUUACAUCGACCAGUUCGAUUUUGACCCGUGUCACAUUCCCGGUCCCGCCAAUCGAGCUGCGGACGCCCUCUCACGACGGCCCGACUUUUGUGCCAUUGCGACCACGGCAUUUGACCUCGAUGACGAUCUGCAGCAGCAUUUCGUCAAAGGCUACAAGUCCGAUCCGACUUACUCUACGCUUUAUGCAGAUCUUUCAUCGGAUCACCCGUCGGCUAGCCAUUAUCGGAUUUCCGACGGGUUCCUUCUCCUUCACACGAGAGGAAAGGACUUGUUAGUGGUGCCCCAAGAUCGCAUCUUACGAACUCGUCUUCUCGGCGAAUUCCACGACGCACGACUUUCGGCACACCUUGGCAUGAACCGCACACUAGCACGCCUCCGCCAGCGUUUUCACUGGCCCGACAUCCUCCACGACGUCACGAGGUACAUUGAGUCAUGUGCAGUUUGCCACCGUAACAAGGGCCGAUUUCGAGUCCCCUUCGGCGAACUGAAACCGUUGCCGAUCCCUCGGGCACCACGCCUCUCCAUUGCUAUGGACGUGACAGGCCCGUUUCCCCGCGAUCGCCACGGCCAUGACGGUAUUCUCACGGUCGUUGACCGUUUGAGUAAGUAUGCUCGCUUUCUUCCUUGCAAGUAUCAUGCUGCAGCGCCUGAGCUCGCACGACUCUUGCACACCGGUUGGAUUAYCAACCAAGGUGUUCCGGAAGACAUAGUGAGCGACCGAGACACUCGCUUCAUGUCAGCCUUUUGGACUUCUCUCAUGACGGAGUCCGGCACGACAAUGAAGCCGAGCUCGGCUCGGCACCCGCAGACGGAUGGUCAGACGAAGCGAGCGCACCAGACCGCUCAGAUGGUGUUGCGUACGCUCAUCCGUCCCGACCAGAAAGAUUGGGUUGACCGGCUUUCCGACAUCGAGUUCGCCUACAACACUUCGGUGCACCUGGCGAUCUGGGUCACACCAUUCGAGCUACAUCAUGGUGGAGAGAAAACACGGAUCUUCGCUGAUCUCCUUUUGCCACAGGYUGCCGACAUAGACGUCCCUUGCUCUCGCGCUUCUGUCAGGAAGUAUCGGGACUUGCUGAUCAAAGCCCGCGCGAAUAUGCAAAAGGCUCAGGUCCGCAUGCAGUAGCAAGCUAACCGACGUCGACUUCCAUGUCCUUUCCGC